ACCUGUUGACAUUACAGGUGAAUAGUGUGACGGCAGGAAUGGUCGUGGUGUAAAUAUGUAACGGCUAUAUUUAUGUUCACGGAAAGGAUAUUAAAUUAAGAAGAGACACUGUAAUUGGUUUAAAAAAAAAUGGGGAACGCAAAUGCCGUUUCAAAAGAAGUGAAAGUCCAAGGAUUGGACAGAAAGUUGUAUGAAUUAGUCGACAUGAAAGGGGGUGGGGAGCUGAUUACGUUAAUGAAGGAGGCAAAAUCCACGAACGAUUACACAAAAAUAGAUAACAGAAUACAACAAAUUGCCAAAGAUCCAAAUCAUACAUUCCUUUACACUAAUGGAAAACGCAUGCGAAUUUCAGAUUUGAUCAGAUAUCGGAAUAAAGGUAAAAGUAGUUUCAAGUCUCUAAACGUUAGAACGAAAAAUACAGGGAAUUCCUCGGCUAAAGAUAGAGAUGUCAUUGAUAAAGAGUCUUAUCGGGAAGUUUGUUGGAGUAUGGAAGAAAGAGGAUCUGUUGGGGAAACCAUUUUACAUCUUUGUUUUUUAAAUUCAUCUAGAACACAUGCUGAUAUUGCCAAACGUCUCAUUAAGUUUUAUCCUAAAUUAAUUAAUGAUAUAUAUGCUGGGGAUGAGUAUUAUGGAGAAAAUGUAUUACACAUGGCUAUUGUUAAUGAAGAUCCUGCCAUGGUGAAGUUUUUAUUAGAUAAUGGUGCUGAUUGUCGAGCUAGAACUUGUGGGAACUUUUUCUGUCCAGAUGAUCAAAAGACCUCAAGGACAGAUAACCCCUUUCAUGAGUGGAUAGACGUCUGCCAGAAAACAAACUACGAAGGCCAUGUAUAUUUUGGAGAAUAUCCACUGGGGUUUGCAGCGUGUUUGGGACAAGAGGAGUGUGUGAGGCUAUUAGUUGCUAAGGAUAAAUUAAAUAAUGUUCAUUUAACUCAUUUAACGAAUCUACAAGAUGCUAAUGGUAACACAGUAUUGCACAUGCUCAUUAUUCACGAUAAAAAGGGGGUUACAGGUGUAAACAGACAGGUUUGA